AUGUCUGCUGCCACAGAAAAAGCCCCUGCACAAGCUCCUUCGGAUGCCCCUGCCCCAGCCCCUCAAAUGGCUGGAGGUGAAGGCCCAGCUGCUUUCCACUCUGCGUCCCUUUACGUUGGUGACAUUGCUCCCGAUGUCAAUGAAGGACUUUUGUUCGAGAUCUUCAAUGCUGUCGGACCCGUUGCCUCCAUCCGAGUUUGCCGUGACGCCGUCACUCGUCGCUCGCUUGGAUAUGCUUACGUCAACUACCAUCAAUUGAGCGAUGCUGAACGUGCUCUUGAUACCAUGAACUUCUCUGUCAUCAAGGACAGGCCUUGCCGCAUUAUGUGGAGUCAACGUGAUCCCACUCUUCGUCGCUCUGGAGUUGGAAAUAUCUUUGUCAAGAAUCUCCACGUCUCGAUCGACAACAAGCAACUUUAUGAUACGUUCAGCCUUUUCGGAAACAUUCUUUCCUGUAAGGUUGUCACUGACCGUGAAACUGGAGACUCCAAGGGAUACGGUUACGUCCAUUACGAAACUGCUGAAGCUGCCAAUGCUGCCAUUGACAAGCUCGAUGGUAUGUUGAUCGAUGGACAAGAAGUCCAAGUUGGACACUUUGUUCGCCGCAACGAGAGACCAGGACAACAUGACUGGACCAACUGUUACGUCAAGAAGAUCCCAUUGGAGUGGGAUGACGAGAGACUCAACAAGGAAUUUGCCCAAUACGGUGAGAUCCUCAGUGCUGCUGUUGCUCGUGGAACUCGCAAGGCUCCUAAAAAGAAGCCCGUGAAGGAGGAAGGCGACGCCAAGGAAGAAGAUGAAGACAAGAAGGAUGAAGAUACACCAGAAGAAGAAGCCAAGGAAGAACCUGAGGCCGACGCUGAGGUUAAGACCAACGAGACCCUUGGAUUCGGUUUUGUUAACUUUCUUGAGCACGACGCUGCUGUUGCCGCCGUUGAAGCGUUGAACGGCAAGAAGUUUCCCACCACCAUUGACGGAGAGGAAGUCGAACAAGAACUUUUCGUUGGACGUGCACAAAAGAAGUCCGAGCGUGAACGUGAAUUGCGAGCCAAGUAUGAAGCCGAGAAGAUGGACCGUAUCUCCAAGUUCCAAGGCGUCAACCUUUACAUCAAGAACCUUGACGACACUGUCACUGACGAUAUGCUCAGAGACGAGUUCACUGUCAUGGGUACCAUCACUUCUGCCCGUGUCAUGAAGGACAUGAAGGAUGGCCGGUCUCGUGGAUUCGGAUUUGUCUGUUUCUCCACUCCUGAAGAAGCUACCCGAGCUGUUAACGAAAUGAACGGCAAGAUCAUUGCCAACAAGCCCAUCUUUGUUGCUCUUGCCCAACGAAGAGAUGUCCGUCGCGCACAACUUGAAGCGCAACACGCUAACCGCGGUGGUGGUCCAGGCGGCCCAGGACAACCAGGAAUGAUGCGUGGUCCCAUGGGUGGUCCAAUGGGAUACCCAGGUAUGGCGCCAAUGUACAUGCAAAGACCAGGACCAGGCGGUGCCAUGCAGCCAGCUUACCCAAUGGCCAUGCCACAAAUGAUGGGCCCUGGAGGACGUGGAGGUGGUCAAAGACCAUACCCCAUGAUGGGACAACAAGGUCGUGGUUAUCCCAUGCCAUAUGGUGGUGUCAUGCCCCAACAAGGCCGUGGCCGCGGGGGAAGAGGUCGUGGACCAGGUGGUAUGCCAGGCCGAGGUCCUGGUGGACAACACAUCAAGUUCAACCAACAAGCUCGUAACGCUGGUGGUCCACCACCACCUCAGCAGCAAGCGCCUCCUCAACCCAUGAUGGCAGAGGGAGCUCUUACUGCAAGUGCUCUUGCCUCUGCUUCUCCAGAGAUGCAAAAGAACAUGAUUGGUGAACGUCUGUACCCUCUUAUCCACCAAUCUCAACCUGAUCUUGCCGGAAAGAUCACAGGUAUGCUUUUGGAGAUGGACAACUCGGAAUUGCUCCAUCUUCUUGAGAGUCCUGAAGCUCUUAACGCCAAGAUCAGUGAAGCUCUCCAAGUGCUGGAGGCUCACCAACCAGGCGAGGAAUAA